AUGAACUGCACCGUUUCGUCAGGCUACGUCGUCGUUUUGAAGUUUCGGAGUAUAAGAGAACAUGGCUUCAGUAGUUCCUCGGAAUCAGUUUGGACAAAUUAUCCCAUAGAGAACGCGUACGAGCUGUUAGAAGUAUCUGAAACAAGCUCAUUUGCUGAGAUCAAAUCGUCAUUUCGCAAAUUGGCUAAACAAACUCACCCGGACCUCGCUGAGUCAAGGAACGAUUCCACUGCAUCUCGACGAUUUGUUCAAAUCCUUGCCGCAUAUGAGAUUCUUUCAGAUUCUAGGAAGAGAGCCCAUUAUGACAUGUACUUGUUAUCUCAGAAAAAGCUUGUGCAGAAGCAUUCUGAAAUGGGUUCAAAGUUGCGCUGUUACCAAUCACAGGCUUCGACAUUCAAAGAGAUGGAAGUUGUUGAAUGGUUAAAGUGGUACAGAUUAGCUAUAAAUGAUAUUUUGUUGGAGAAGAAAGCGGUGGUUGGAACAGGAUAUUUUGAUGUACUUGAGAGAGAUUUUUACUCUGCUAUUCAUGCAGCAUAUUAUGGUCCCGAAAUUGAUUCUAUCCCCAUGGAGCUUCUUCCUGACUGUUUUGAGGCUGAGGAGAGGUCCUCUUAUGAAACUCCCGAGGUUUUGCACUUGGUUUCAGGCCGUGAUCUUUUUGGGAUGGUUUGCCUAGUCAACAUGAUUCCAGAGAUAUCAUCUACUGAAAAUGAAAAGUUAACUUCUUGUAGAUCCUUCCAUUCAGACCUUUGUCAAUCUAUAAUGGAUAUGAACACCCUAAGGAAUGUAGAAAGGCCAGAUGAUUUUGGAACUCAACAAGAUCGCAACUCUAAAAUUUCAAGUAAUGUAUCAGAUGCGUAUAGAGAUCUAGAAUUGCACAUCUCUGGAAAAUUAGUUGCUACAGCAUCUAGGGUCCUACCUAGAUGUUGUUCUGGUGCAAUGCAAAAGGAAGACUCUGAAGAUCACAUCCAUGUGUACCUUAGUUCUGACGAAGAUUCCAGACAUAUCAGCAAUGGCUUUUCAAGAAAUUUAUUUGUAAAUAGCAAAGUUGGAAGCAGAAUGCAUUUGGGAACCAUAUCUGGACUUGGCAGCAGUCCAGAUGAGGGAUGCUGUGAUGUCUACAACAACAAUCGUGAAAAGACUCAUGUGAUUAUGAAACAUCGGACAUUGUUGGUGAAGCAUAUGCACUGGUAUCACGUGGGUGAGAACGUUUCAGUUUGUGAGUGUAGAUGCACCAGGGCACGUUUACCACCAAGCAAAUUUUGGCUAUUUGAGCCUCGAUGUGGCUUCCAUGACAUAGGGGGUUGGUAUGUUGAAACAUAUGGCAAAGAUAAGAAGGGUCGCACUAUGCCAUCACAAAGAUUCUGGGAUGGCUUGGAUUAUAGCGAGCAAGCUGAAAGAAGACUUCAUCCAGCAAUGUAUCUGUUUGCUCUUGCAUAUCGAACACUUGAUCUUGAAUAUGCCAAAACAAGCAAGAAAACAUUUAGGAAUGCUGUUGGAGCACAUAUGUUCCGAAUUCUCCACUGGUGCAGAAAACUUGCUCAAUAG